CCAUGGUUGCAGUUUUCAUUGUCUUUGUUUGUGUCUGUAUGGGUUUAAUUUCCUAUCUGCAUAGGUUUCUAUGACAUCACCGAGGACAAUGAGUUCCGGCAAAGAUGUCGGCUUCCUUGUGUCGGUUUGUCCGCAGAGUAUUCGGCAGGAAUUUCAGUUUUGUCAGUCGCAGUCCUGCUCAGGUCCAGGCCAGGUUUGACAGCACAACCACAGAGACCAGACCCACUGUCAGGCCCAAGGAUGAAGUGACCCAUAACCAGCUGUCAGCGUUUGGAGAAUAUAUCUCAGAGAUCCUACCCAGAUAUGUCCAGCAAGUGCAGGUGACCUGUUUUAAUGAGCUGGAAGUUAUGAUCCACCCUGAUGGGGUGGUUCCAGUUCUCCAGUUCCUGAGAGAUCACACCAAUGCGCAGUUUAAAAACUUGACUGACCAGACAGCGGUGGAUGUUCCCUCUCGCCAGAACAGGUUUGAGCUCGUAUACAAUCUCCUGUCUCUGCGCUUUAACUCCAGAAUUCGCAUUAAGACCUACACUGAUGAGCUGACUCCUGUGGACUCUAUAGUCCCGGUCCACCUGGCAGCCAACUGGUACGAGAGAGAGAUUUGGGACAUGUACGGUGUUUUCUUUGCGAACCACCCUGACCUGAGAAGGAUUCUUACAGACUACGGUUUUGAGGGUCAUCCAUUUAGAAAGGACUUCCCUCUCUCUGGAUAUGUGGAAGUGCGCUACGAUGAUGAAGUGAAGCGUGUGGUGGCUGAGCCUGUCGAGCUAUCCCAGGAGUUCCGGAAAUUCGACUUGAACAGUCCGUGGGAGGUGUUCCCUGCGCACCGUGAGUCCAAGGACACUCCAAAACUAGAACAAACCUGAGCGCAAACCGGAAUACCCGGAACACCUCCUUGUGUCUGCAGAACCUCAGAGAGAUCUGUGUGCUCCUCCCUGUUUCUCUGUCUUUACGUAUGUAAAUAAACCCAAUUGUGAGAUACCUUCA